GAGAGGGAACUCUGCCCUGCUGCGACGAGCAACAAGUCUGUCUGAGUCAAACUGUGAAUUAGGAUAGUACUAAACGAACGAGUAUUGUUUCACUUUAAAGAAACACCUCAGGACGAGUUCCCGGUUGGAUUUAUCAGCCGAGGGGGUACGGGAACGCCUCAGAAUCGGAGUGAAGGUAUCAUGGCCGCCCAGUUUACUGAGCUUCCCUCAUAAACCUACCUGAGAUAACAAAAUACACCCCUCAACAUCCCAGGAAUCCUCAUAAUCACACACUCUAUAGACUUCUAGUGUGUGUGUGUGUGUGAGGGAUGACAACCUCCCAUCUGAACGGCCAUGUUGCUGGGGAGGGAGGAGGAGGAGGAGGCGGCGGCGGCGGAGGAGAUGAAGAUCUGAGAGGAGGACAACAGCACAGGGAAAUGGCCGUCGAUUGUCCGGGAGAGCUUGGGAGUCGAACGCUACCGGUCCGAAGGUCCGCACAGUUGGAGCGGAUACGGCAACAUCAGGAGGAUCUUCGUCGUCGUAGGGAGGAGGAGGGUCGGCAGCUGGACCUGAACGCCUCGCUCCGGCUCAGGAAGCUCUCCCAGAAUCCUCACAUCGGCAUCGACAACCCCACAUUCCUCCAAGACACACCGCAGCAAGCACUCAGCAGCCAGCACACACACGCACUGCUCGAGUUGGAGGAGUUGCUGCUGUCACUGAAGCAGGUCCGUGGCUGCUUAUCCGACCAGCAGAGUCAGAAUGACAUUGAGCUUGUUCUUGCACUAUUAAACAAGUCUGAUUUCCAGUCAGCGCUGAAGAUCCAUAAUGCAGUGGCCAGCAGCAUGCACCGACCGUCUCCUCCGUACCCACACACACAGCAGGCACUUCAGCUGGCCAUGGAGGUCAGAAACCUCAUCCAGCCGGCUCAGAACAAAGAGGGACUCGAACUUCAAAGCCUGCUGUCAGACACACACAUCCAGUCCUUGCUCCUGGCUCAUGACAGCAUAGCAGAGAGGGAGAUGCAGCCUGAGCCACUGCCCGCCCAAGGAGAGACUCUGACCCAGUGGGGAGGAGAGACUGUCAAGAUCGUUCGCAUAGAGAAGGCCCAGGACAUACCACUGGGGGCGACUGUUCGUAAUGAGAUGGACAGUGUGGUGAUAAGUCGCAUCGUUAGAGGAGGAGCAGCAGAGCGGAGUGGACUUUUAUCAGAAGGAGAUGAAAUAUUGGAGAUCAAUGGGAUUGAAAUCAGAGGGAAAGAUGUCAACCAGGUCUUUGACAUUCUUGCGGACAUGCACGGCCUCCUGACCUUUGUGCUUAUUCCCAGCACCCAGACCAAACCUCCACCUGUGAAAGAGAACGUGGUUCAUGUAAAGGCACAUUUUGACUAUGACCCAUCAGAUGACCCCUACGUGCCAUGUAGAGAGCUUGGUUUAUCUUUCCAGAAAGGAGAUAUCCUUCACAUCAUUAGCCAGUCAGACCCCAACUGGUGGCAGGCGUAUAGAGACGGAGACGAGGACAACCAGCCGCUUGCUGGACUUGUACCAGGGAAAAGUUUCCAGCAGCAAAGAGAAGCCAUGAAACAAACGAUAGAAGAAGACAAGGAGCCUGAAAAGUCUGGGAAGCUGUGGUGUGCAAAGAAGAACAAGAGGAAGAGGAAGAAACUGCUCUAUAAUGCUCACAGAAAUGAUGAUGUUGAUAACGAGGAGAUUCUCACGUAUGAAGAGAUGGCGUUGUACCACCAGCCAGCCAAUAGAAAACGACCAAUCGCUCUGAUUGGUCCAACCAGCUGCGGACAGGCAGAUCUCAGACAGAGACUCCUCAACAACCAACCAGAGCGCUUCGCUGGAGCCGUGCCUCACACCACGCGGAAUCGCAGAGAUGGUGAGUUGAGUGGUCGAGAUUACCACUUUGUUUCUCGUCAGACGUUUGAGGCAGAACUGGCUGCAGGAAAGUUGAUUGAGUCUGGUGAGUUUGAGAAGAACCUUUAUGGGACGAGUACAGACUCAGUGAGACAAGUCAUCAACACUGGAAAAAUCUGUGUGCUCUGUCUGCACACCCAGGCUCUGAAGGUACUGAGGAGUUCAGACCUGAAGCCGUACAUCAUCUUCAUUGCUCCGCCCUCCCAGGAGAGACUCCGAGCGCUUUUAGCUAAAGACAACAAGAACCCUAAGCCCGAGGAGCUGCGUGACAUCAUUGAGAAAGCCCGAGAGAUGGAGCAGAGCUGUGGUCACCUGUUUGACGCCGUCAUUGUGAACACAGACCUGGACAAAGCCUACAACGAGCUGCUACGACUCAUCAACAAACUGGACACUGAGCCGCAGUGGGUGCCCUGCUCCUGGCUGCGCUGAAUAAGACACCAUUACACACACUUACAAACACAGACCAAACUUAGAGUAGACUUUAAAGUUCACACUUCUAGAGAUUUUAACAAACUGGAAACAGAAAUGCUUUGAGAGAAGUCUGACAGAGUAUUAGGGCCACUGCAGGAUGAAAAAACAUCAGAUAUAAGAGUCAAAAAUACAAAAAUAGUUACAAGAUCAUCAAUUUUAUCAGACAGAAUGAGAUCAUAUUAUUAUAAUAAAAGCUUUUAAAUCAAUUUAAAGACACGUUUGCUUAAAAAUGUUUAAAAGUUGGCUUUAAAGUUGCCAUUUUCUCUUAGUACUAUUAAAAAUAACUUCAUAAUUCUACAGAAAACUACAAGGUCAUAUGACACCACGCAUCCUUGGCCUUAUAAGUCAAUCUUUGUAUUUCCACAGAGCACACCCCUCAUCUCCGGCACAUGCCAGAAGCUGAUGGAAAUAUUCUAGUCUGUUCAUAGUUGGUUUUCAGUGGAGCCCCUUCAGCAUGUGUCAGUCAAAAAAUAGCAAAUUAACCUUAACAGGAAUACACAGUGAAUCUGGUCAGUUCAUACGAGCAGUAAAACAUAAUUUCUUGCUCUCCAUAGUGACCACAUCCCUAUUUGAGUGAAAAAAAAACAUCAAAUCCAAACACUGCUGUGUGUGGGUGGACCAUUGCAGAUGUUAGCCAUGUGGAAAUAGCAGAUUAUUCUGAGCUCCCUAACUGUUAAUUUUUUACAAAAUUAUACUGUGAAAUUUGAUGAAAGCUGCCUUCAUAAAAUGUCUAAACUGGAUUCUGUUUUUAUUUAAUGUCCUGAACUUUAGUUCUGUGCACUCCAUCCGCUGCCUCAAACAUCCAGUUUUGUGAAUAUGCUUUAUUUUUAUACUUUAUUUAGUGUGAAUGCCAUAUAACCUGAUGUCUAGAAUCAUUAAAACAUGAACUCCCUUGUACCCACAUUUUGGAGAAAGCUAGAACGUGUUAUUCAAGUUUAUCUUUAUAUCUGACUGCUGAAUUACAUUGAAAUUUUACAACUUAUCCCAAACAUAUUCAAGUGUUCCAACAUUAACUCUUCUGUGAAAGGAAGCCUGCAUUUUGUUGUCAAAUUUAUCUCUGUCUAGUAAGAUACUAUUUUCAAAUAUACCCUUUUCCUUAAAAAAGGAUUGAUUUAAGAUAUCUUAAACUUUUUCCAAAAUCAGUCUAGUGUAAUACUUAACAACUGUCAAACAUGAUGAAUUAUGCUUACUCAAUGCCUUUUUUUAAAACAUAACUUUCCUGUAAAUAAAUGGCCUUUUUACUUGUUAACUCCCCAUGGAAGAGGAUUAGUGCUACUGACCAAAAAAAAAAAUUGAUUCACAGUUGUUUUUUUUCCAGAAUUCUGAUAUUAAAGUCAGAAUUCUGACUUUUUUCUCACAAAGAAAAAACGGUGUCUUAAAUUGUUUUUUUUUUAGUGGUCCUCAUCCUCUUCUGUUUCUUCUUCCACAAACUUUAUUCUGUUUUAUUUAUCCAACAUUCUGUUAUAACACUAGAACUUUUAUGUAAAAACAGAUUUGUAAUCCCUGAAAUAAUCUCAUGGUUAGGUUAUACAAAUAUUCAACACUUUGAAAUUUUACAACACCACAAGCUCUAUAACAAUACAAUCACUUAUUUAUCACUUAUUUUAAUGAUAAAUAGAAAGGAAAACUAUUACAGAAAAAUCUUUUUCAUAACAGGCUUUGAGUAAAGGAAUGAAUCCUUCAAAAGUUGCAGGCAAAGUCCUGCACAUCGUCUGAAUUCUACAAAACUGCAGUAACAUUUCAAACCUUGCCAAUAUGAAAUUAAGAAAGUGAGCAGGAGUUUGCCUCUAGUUUUGACAACUGACAUCAAGAAAUAACCUGAGAUUGGGCGCCUAAUUCUUCUGUCUUUGCUGCUUUGGUAUCAAAGCUGGAAGCUCAAAGCUACACCAUUAUCGCUCAUUAAGAUAUUUAAAAUACACGUAUGAUACAAGCAGUAAGACUUGAGAUAAAACACUCUGCAGCAGGCGAAUUAGAUGUCCCUGUCUGUUAUUUCAUAGUGCAUUACGUUGUAGAAGAGCAAGAGAGCACAGCAUAGCUGUGGCUCCACAUUCACGCAGGUCAGACAUGCACACGCAAACAGCGCUGUGCUCCCUCGCUGGCUCUGCCGAUCCCAUAUCAACUCUGUAACUCCCACUGGUUUAUUUAUAAUCAAAAACAUUGUAUAAAUACUGUGACAUUGUUCUGAUAAAUAUGAUUAUAAAACUAACUCUGAGGACUUUUUCCUCCCAAAAUGAGCCUUGGUUUUGUUUAAAUGAAUACCUUUCCUGCAUAGAUUUUACAGUCUUACCGAUAAAUAAAACAUCAUUCUCAUCACAUUUUACAAAUCUCACAGAAGUAUUUUCAAACAUUGGCCCUAAUACUCUGCUCUACUUCAGGAAUUAAACAUUCAGCAAACAUCUGAAUUGUCCAGAAAGUAUCUACCUGGAGGCACUGACAUGAACAAACAGAUGUUACCUCUCUGAUCCUUCAUGGUUUUAUUCAAACGUUUCUCUCUCUCUUUCUUUCUUUCUUCUCAUCAUAUCUCGAAGUGUGACCAAAACAUGGACCUGGAAUUUUUUAUCUUUAUGUUUUUACUCUUUUUCUUCUUCUUCUCAGAAAUGUUGGGCCUCAUUCAUGGCACAUCCUGCGAUCAUUUCAACAAUAAUGAUACGAAUACUUAAAUUAUUUUUAACUUUUGCAGUGCUGAGAAUCAGUGUAAACAUUUGAUUUUGUAUUCUUAAUUUUUUAUGAAAUAACUUGGGCUGUCACUGGUCCUAAGCACAAUGUAGAUUAAAUAUGAGACCCCCAGAUGAGGAGUAAAUGUGAAAAACAAACACUAAAAUCAACACUAAGGCUGGCUACACACAAGAAGAUUUUAAGCUGGGUUACUGCAAACAACUAGGGACACACAAUAUUGGAUUUUUGCCCACAUCUGAUAUGCUGUUGUACAUUGGGCCAACGUCUAUAGGCCAUAUAGGUCGAUCCAAGCCGAUAUUUACAGCUAAAAUAGAACAAUGUAAGCAGCAUAUUUAGGCUGAUAUAGGCUGAUAUCUACAGCUGAUACUUGCAGCCUGUAAAGGCCAAUAUAUUAAGUGGAUAUCUGCUGAUAUUUACAGCUGAUAUGGCCAAUAUCAACAGCUGGCUGGUCAAUAUUAACAGCCGAUAUAGGCCAAUAUUUACAGCUGAUAUAGACUGAUAUUUAAUGUUGGUUUAGGCCGCUACCUACUGCCAAAUUUUUGCAGCCUAUGUAUUGUUUUUUCAUAUUAGCAGAAAUUUUCUCAUGUAAAUAAUUUAGUUUUCUAGCUAAUAUUUGCUCAUACUGAUUUCAUGCCAAUAACGUGCAUCCCUACAAACAGCAGGUGUGCGGUCUCAAGGUCUGGCUGAAUUGUAAACAUAUGAAAGUCAUCUGGUGUGUAGCCAGCCUAAGCUGACAUGUUCACAGCUCUAAAGAACACAUACAGCCACUUACCAUACAUGCAGUAAUUGUGCUUUUAAUGCUGACUAUCCUCUGGACAGAGGAAUUUGUUGAUUUAUGGCGUGAAGCCACUGCCUUCUGAACGCUUGACUCACUGACUGACUCUUCUGUUUAAUAAAUACUGCUCAUCAUACUCACAAGGCAGCCAUGUUUUAUCUGAUCACGCUCAGGGAGGAGUCUCAGAGGCUCAUGUCUGCUUUGUUUAAAGUUGCAAGAUGUAUAAACAAAACAUUAAAAAAAGCAAGCAGCAUUAUGAAGGGAUGAGGAAUGAAGCUCAUCCAAAAGGUGCAAGUCUUUAAACAGCCACUAGAGGCUGGCUCCAAAAGUGAGUCAAUCCCUAUGAGCUCUAUAUGAAAACACCAAACUUUGCAUUUUGCUUGGACAAUAAGUUAAUUUUAUUGAUUAAAUCUAAAUUUUGAGUGAUGCAUGGGUGUUUACAGUGAGUGUGCAGAGUUGUGUAGUUUACUUCCUAGACCAGGGAUGUCCAAACUAUGGCCCGGAGGCCAAAUGUGGCCCAUGGCCCAUUUAUAAUUGCCCAAAUUUAUAAUUUCCCCAAUCAUCUGGUGGCCCGAGGGCCACAUCAGGCCCCCCACAACUUGUCAUCAGGCCCCCAGAACAUUAUCAACUUCAGAAAUAUGCAGAGGGAAAAAUAUGUUUAUGUACAUCCAGUAUAUCUGGUUGUUAAAUUCCCCAUGGUUGAUAAUGAAUAUGAAUAAUUUUAUCCAGAAUGGUUUAAUGUUAAAUCCAUUUUGUAGAAAUCCAACUGCCAGCCAUUAUCAACAAAUACAAUGCAUAAUAAACACAGACUUAUCAGCUCAUUGUUGAUUUAAACUGUGGUUUUCUCUGUUAGGUGGUUUCCAGACUAAGAAACAAUCCUAAAAAACCUGUUUCUUGCAGGGUUUUUCACCAAUCAUGACACAGCAUGAAAGUCAGUAACAGAUAACUAAACAGCCCCAGAAUUAUUCAGCUAAAAUACCUCAAUCGCCCCCUUGUGGCUGGCUAAGGUACUGGGACUGAACUCACUUUUGACAAUUUAAUUGCAGAAUGGUUAAUGGGAAAAACAGUCUUUUGAACAAACAGAACAAGGGCCUGUGUUUGACUGUAUACUGUCUUCUUUUUAAGCAGAAAAUGUUUUUUUAUUCUUUUUAUUAAGGGCCCCUAAUUACCUUUAAAUUAGGAAUAUAACUAUAGACAUUUGUGCUAAACAUAUUAACUUUAAAGCAGCAAAUGUUUUAUUCAUGUCCAGUUUCACCCUCUUGUCCAAACAUCGAUUCUUCUGGUUUCAAAAUCACAAUAACCACAGCUGAGAUGACAAACUUGUGCCUUCAGAGUUAUCUUCUCUGUUGACAUCAGGAUUACUGCAUUUUAGAGCAACAUAUCUGAUUAGCCUAUUAGCCAAUGAAAACUAAUGUUAGCGCCUUUUCACUUUGUUGUUUAAACUAGCGUUGCUUAUACGUUUUUUAUUCACUUUUUUAUAUUAAAGGCAGAAGUUUGUGAUUAACUUCUGUGUGAAAGCAAUGCCCUCAUCUUUUGCAAAGAAUUUGAAUCUUAGCUACCUAAAAGUUUGUGACUAUUGUUGGCUGUUCCUUUAAAUAUGGCCAGAUGUUCCUGCAGAUGUUCUCUUUUUCAAUGUCCCUAAGCUUAUGACAAAUUUGGAAGCUGUGCAGUGACAUUUAAUACCUCAAACAAAGCAGUAAGACACCAACUUGUUUCUCUAACCCUGAGCGUGACUUUAGAGGAAGCUGGACUGCAUGUGAGUGUGAUGAAUUUGAAUAAACACUAAAAUAAAAGGACACAGCACUUGAUAUUUUCUGACUGACACUCGACAGACGAUGGUAUCUGCUGACUCUUCCUGUCCCGUCUGAUCACAGUGGAGGAGAAUCGACUCCUGGGGGUGAAAACGUGAGAGUUGUAGUUUUUAGAGAGCAAGUGUUGCUGAAUUAUUAUAUAUUUAGUGUGUUUGUGUGAACAGAUGUUUGUAUGUGUGCAUCUGUCUUUAAAGACAGUGAAGUAUUAUUAUUGUGAGCUGAUGUAGACCUGACACCGUAUCACUGUUAUUAUCACUGGGUAGAGCAUUUAUAUAUUUUUAAUUAAUGAAAUAGAUUUAUCAACCCAGAAUGCACCGCUAGGAUGGCUGGUUUCACCUCCCUCGUCUCCCUGCCAUUGGCCCAGGAGGAUGGGGGGGGGGGCUAAGUGGAAUUAACUGUAUUAUUGAAUGUAAAGAAAAUUUACAUCACUCUGUGUUUAUGAGACAUCACCUGAGAAAAUCUGCUUUUUGUAUGAAUAUUCACAAUGAAGAA